GAAAUUUGAAAUAUUAUAAAAACAUUAUUAAAGUUGCACAUUCAAGCACUGAUUCUUUUAUUUUGUUUUCGUUGUUCCGGGCCGCGUUUAACUUUAUGCUUUAUUGCCUUAUCUUCAUAUCCGGUUAUAAAAUUGUGAAGUAUUGAACUGAAAGUAACACAACCGUUCGACAUUGAUUGAACCGUUAAAUAUGGUAGUCUGUAAAUAUUUUAUGCAAGGGUGUUGUAAGUUUGGAGAUAACUGUAGGUAUGAACAUCCAAGAGGAGGAAAUGCAGGUUAUGCAUAUUCAGCACAGAGACAGUUGUUUGGAGGAGAUGGUGGCGGGUCACGAUAUGGAGGGGGUGGAGGCGGAGGGGGUUCAAAUCAGUUCCGAUGGACAUCAAAUGAAUACCAGAAGACUCAACAAACCAGGCCUGUGACUCAGCAGACUGCCCCAAAUGAACUGAUAAAUUCAUUAGUAUCAGAAGUUAAGGAGUGGGAGAGGAACAAAAUGUGGCCACUUUCAUGCAUUGGAUUUGAAAAAGACAGUCCUUGUGUUCCCGAUUUAGAGGACACAUCACCGGAGGAAUUGAGGCAUCUUGCAUAUGAAGCUCAAAAAUCCAAUAGUUUCCAAGGAUAUGUAGACUAUGUCAAGAAUUUACUGACAGAUUUCAACAAAAAGCGACAGAUGCUUUCAAAUCCAACCAUGCGCACAAAGCAAAAAUUGCUGACAGUGAUUGAGGACUAUCGAUUAAGAAAAAACAGGUGUGUAAAUGUUUCACAUAAUACAAUGUCCCUAUUUAGCAGUCCCACCACAAGUGAAAGUUCUUUUCAAUCAUCUGGCUUUGGAACAUCAUUUGGAAAUGAUACAACUCAAAACUCAUUUGGUAUGCAUCUUGUUAGUAAAAGUAUAGUCAUUGUACACGCAGUAUAUCAAUUUUUAAUGCAUGCUAUUAAAAAUCAUUAUAUAGGGGCCAUGGGAUUUGGUUCAUCUACAUCUCAAGGAUCUGGGACUUCUGGAAUGACAGGAAGUUUUGGAUCUAAGUCUGGGUCAGCUGGAGGCUUUGGUUCAAGUGGAAGUUUUGGUGCAAAUUCUGGGUCAUCUGGAGCAUUUGGAUCAGGUAAUGCUUUUGGAACAAAUUCAAAGUCAUCUGGAGUCUUUGGAGCAAGUGGAGACUUUGGAGCAAGCUUAGGGUCAUCUGGGGGAUUUGGUUCAGGUACAAGUAGUGGUGGAUUUGGCACAUCAUCUUUUGGAGACACUGGGAUAGCUCCAAGUGUAUUUGGUAACAGUGCAACAACACCUGCAGGUUUGGGAACAAAUUCAUUUUCCAGUACAACUUCCAGUGGGUUCCAAGGAACAAAUCCAUUUGGAAAAUCAUCGAGCCAGACAGUAGACUCUACAGGUGCCCCAAGUGCUACUUUCCAAACUCCUAGACAGGCUGUGGAGGAGUCGAGUACCUACACUCCCAUGAACAGACUGACUGCUGAAGAGUUAGCAGAAUUUCAAGCUACACAUUUUACUCUUGGAAAAAUUCCUACAAAUCCACCCCCAAAAGAAUUGUGCUUUUGAUUUUUAUCCUUUGUUAAAAUUCAAUACGGUGAACUUUUAUAUGUGAUUUAUUAACAAUGUAUUCCUAAUAAAACUUUAAACCCUCA